UUGUCGAAGCUAAUGAAUAGAUACGGACCAGACCUUUGGCUCAAGCUUUUAUCAACUUUGUGUGUACGGUGCAUGUAUACGAUGUGUGAGGCGAGAAUACCCCGCGUUGUUGAGCAAACAAACAAGCGAUCGAGAUAAAAUGAUAGCACGUUUGCUCGGAUACAUACUUCUGUAAGAGAGCGAACAAUCUUGAGUGUUCUGAAUGUCAAGUCAGGAAAAUGGCGCAAUCAUGGAGCUGGUUGUACGUGUUGAGUUUCCUGGGAUGCUCUGGAGACAGCGUGCUCAUGUCAGUGUUAACAUCCCACCUGCGCUCCCUGGGGAUCUCUCAUGUCAACAUCGGGCUGCUCAGUUCUGCCAACGGCUUGGCUCUCCUGAUCUCUGGCCCAAUCGUCGGCAGCUGGAGUGACAUCCACGGCCGCCGUGAAGUCCUCUGCCUCUCAACCUUGGUGUGCGCACUAGCCUACGUCGCUCUUGGCCACGUCUCGUCCCUCUACCUCCUGUUCUUCACACGAUGUAUCCUCGGAACAUUCCAGCACGUCCAGACUCUCGGGCGAGCCCUCGUCGCAGACAUCGUGCCCGCUGACAAGCAAGCGUCUACAACCGCGUUGAUGCACGCUUUUGCCUACCUUUCGUUAACAGUGGGGCCACUGAUCAGUGGUCACGUGAUGGAAGCAGACAACGGAUUUGAGUGUCUCACUAUUGCAGUGGCCACUAUCUUCGUGUUUAACGCAGUUCUCAUUUACACGUUUGCAAGUCCUGCCAGAAGUCUUAAAACUCGUACGACUGAAAACUCACCGCCUUCUAAACAACUGCUGCUGAUAUUUCAACAGCUGAAGAGCAUCAAUUGGAAAGACUGUUGGAUGAUUUUCUGCAUCAAGUUUUUAUUCGACUUCUCAGCCCUUUUUUUCUUCAGGAGUGUCGACGUAGCUCUGGUGAAUAGUUUCCAACUGACUUCACGUUACGUCGGCUACACGAUAUCGUUUUAUUGCUUUAUACUUCUGUUAAGUAGUUUAGUAUUGGGUGCUACUAAGUUCCUCAAGGCUUCGUCUGGUAAUCAUCUUAAAUACCUGAACUACACGUUUUGGGUCAUGACUGUGUCGUUCGUCGGGUUGAAUACUGUCAACAACCCCACGACGUUCGUGGUGGGCCUGGUGCCACUGGCGUGUGGCCACUCUCUAGCUCGGGUACUGCUGACCGAGGUGCUGCUAGAGCAGUGUGAUGAUAGCUGUAGAGGUUCUGUGAUGGGAGCCUCCAGCAGUGUAGCGGCUAUAGCUCGGACUGUCGCCCCUCUACUCUCUAGCCUAGCCAUAUCUUGGGGAGGAGUGUCUUUGAUGUUGAUAGCGUCCUCUCUGGUAACCGCGAGUGCUAGUCUGUUAACAACGUCAUACUCUCGUCAACAAGUGCGUUCAAAAGUGCUUUAACAAUUCUUCUUUUCGAGAAAGAGUAAAGAAAUGACGUAUGGCUAAACUUUACAUUUCCACGUUCGUUAGUAGAUUCAUAAAUACGUUGAAUACCGUACUGCAGGUCAGUACGCGGGCGCUAAGUGUAUGCAGCUUUAAGGAGUCUGUUUUCAGUUCAGGUCAUUAAGACAAAAAAUAUUUUGAAAAUUCCACGGGAAGUGGUCGGCAUUUGAAACAAAAUUUAGGGACAUCUUAUAAUCAAGUCCAAAGAAAAACUGUUGAGUAUUUAUUUAUUUUUAAGGUAUGUUUAAGAAAGAUGACUAUCCGGAAUGCUAUAUAUUUUGUAUAUAGAACAUUUAUGUACUUUUUAUUUUAAAAGAUGUAAUGUUUGUUUAUUAGGCUAUAUUUUAUGAGAAAAUGUAAUUUUUUCCUCGUAAAUAAAUAUUACAAAAUAUGUCACUCACUGAAGCUGAAAUUCAUGCCCAUACUGAAACAAGUUUGCCGUUUUAUCUUCACACAGUCAUGUUCAUUUGGACAGAUUUCAAAAUUGCCUAAAUUUCGUACUUUAGGGUCGUCGUACAAUGAGAGUUGUUUGUGUUCAGAGAAUUACGUUACUUCGAAGCAUUGUGACUUUAAACUUGAAAACCGCAACUAAAAACAAAGUAGUGUAGCUAACUUUCUUUAUAAAUCGUGCAAUCCCGACUGUGGUUGCAGAGGCACUACAAACACAGCCACACAGUGCUUAUAGCCUUGUUAUAAUCACAAAUAACUCUUUCACUGACAGGUCUUGGAGGUUAUAAUAAACUUAUCAUCACUAUGAUCUCAGCUGGUCUCUAAGUGGGUUAUUGGUAGCGUUGAUCAUACAUGUACCAAUCUGUACUAAGUAUGCGCUGUCUGUGUCAAAUAAAAUAAGCAAUUAAACUACACCUACUGUUUCCACCAAUUGUAAUGUAUUUUAACAUAACAGACCUUAGUUUUAACAAAGAAAGUAACAGGAUUAAAAUUUUGUAAAAACUA